AUGGCGCCCUCUGCGACCACGACGCGCGAGAACGAAAUAGUCCCGAUCCAGACCAAAGCCACGGUACAGAAGAAAGAAGAAGAAGGAAAAGAAGAACGACAGACUGAAAAGAAGAAAUCGCCCCUCGAACUCAUCUCCCAAGGAACCUGCCUCCCGGGAAUCCCCACCUUCGUCUCCUUCGCCGCACACCGGCAAUGGACGCUCGAGCACAUGGCGCUCGCCUUCCGCGUCUUCGCCCGCAAAGGCUACUGCGAGGGCAUGGCCGGGCACAUCUCCGUGCGCGACCCGGAGAACCCGCACACGUUCUGGACGAACCCGCUCGGCCGGCACUUCGGCCUGCUGAAAGCCAGCGAUAUGAUUCUGGUCGACUACGACGGCAACGCGAUCGGGGGGAAUAGGAGUCGGCCGGCGAACGCGGCGGGGUUUCUGAUCCACAGCGCGGUGCACAAGGCGCGGCCGGAUGUGGUGGCGGCGUGUCAUACGCAUAGCCCCGCUGGCAAAGCGUGGAGCGCGUUUGCGAGGCCGUUGGAGAUGUUGAACCAGGACGUUACGUAUUUUUAUGGGGAGGCGCAGGCGGUGUAUGAGGUGAGUGCUGCAGGCAGGCAAAGGACGAGCUCAUCAGCAGCAGGGUCGUUUCGAAUGCUGAUGCUGAUGGGAUUGUCGUUAGGAUUUCGGCGGCGUCGUCUUCACCGAGGAAGAAGGCCAGCGGCUGGCACAGGCACUCGGACCGAACGGCAAGGGCAUGAUCCUCCGUAACCAUGGCCUGCUGACGGUGGGAUCGACGGUCGAUGAAGCGGCGUACCUGUACACGCUCAUGGAGCGCAGCUGCGAGGUGCAGUUGCAGGUCGAAGCCGCGGCUGCGAAUGGGAUUCCCAAAGUCUACGCCCCGGACGAGGCGGCCAGGUAUACGUACGAGAACGCCAGCGACCCGGAAACGCUGUACUGGGAAAUGCAGCCCGACUUUGAAUUCGAAGAGGCAAUGUCCCAAGGCGCACACAGAGGUUGA